AUGAAGAAGCCUGAGUCGUUAUCCUGGUUGUACAAACUUUUCAACACCUCGUACUUCGAUACAUGGAAAAACAUAAGCUAUUUAUACUCGUAUCCCCAAACGGGAAUACAACACUACCUGACCAGAAUAUUGCGCUUCAGGAAUAGACACGUCUUAUACCUCGUGCACAUCAUGUUUUAUCACUGUGAAGAGCCCAUUUCAUAUCCUAUUAUGGACAUUUUGGUGAAGAAGUGUAAGUACAGCCGAACUGUCAGUUUGAAACUGUUUUUUACGCUGAAGAGCUACAGAAGAUAUUUGAGUAAGAACCAGAUCGGGUUCUACAGAUUGAUUAUACAAAGAAUUAUGGAGUGUGAUCGGUAUAGGCGGGACAGGUUGAGACGAACACCGGUUGUGGAAAUUAGGAAGAGGACGAUAAGAGAGGAAGAAGCGAUUGAUCUGAGUAAGAUGAAAUACAAACUGCUGGAGGAUAAGAUGGAAAAGUUGCGGAAUGACACGAAAUGUGGGUUGGUGAACGAGGAAGAGAGCAGAGAAAAAGGGGAUGGGUCAAUAAAUAGGGCGGAUGAUGAACCAACGGUAAAAAGUUUGAGGGAUUGCGCUGAAAUGAGAGGUAUUGGGGAUGUUACUCAUAGUGAUGCGGCCUGGAGAGACAGCAGUGUGGUAAGGUAUGAUGGACAACCUGUAAAAAACGAAACUGAGAUACAGAGCACAAAUCGCACACUAGUCAGAACAGAGCAAUCGCAAGGUAAUAAGGAGAGUAUAGGGACCGGAGCACGAAUAGAAGAUAACGUUGAGGAAAUGUAUCUGAGAGAGAAUGAGCGGGAUGAUGUGCAGGUAAAAGGUAGCACAUGUCAUAAGAAAUGUGGAGAGAACGAAGAGUGUGCGAAAGAAAUACGUAAAAAACGCUACAUUCUCAGAACACGGCCCAUAAUAGAUAUUAAUCGGGGAUCAGGUGACUUAUCAAGCAUAUUUCUAUUCUUUUGCUCUGCCAGUGCUUUUUUCUUCUCAGAGAAGAUUCUAUCAAGUCUAAUUUCGUACGAAAGAAUGUUUUACACCAGCAAAUCGUUCACUACAAUCUUUCCAAAGAGGGUUGGCCCGACUCUUAAGGGAUGCAUAAACUUUUUGGACGAUUUGGUCAUGAUUUCCUUUCGUUUGAAAACACUACCCAAGAAUAUACGGCAACGAGCACUGGAAAUUGAAUUAGAAUACCUCAACCUUUAUUUACCGGCUGACCUGAGCAUACCUUUUUCCGGUGGAAAAAAAAUCUUGAGUCUAGGAAUCGAGCAUUCUACAACGCUGUCAUCGGCGGAAAACUGCCCGUUCAUUCUUACAUAUGAGUGCGCCAGGAAAAUUAAAAGGACGAAAAAAAACUUCUACAAUGAUAUUUACCUUCUCAGACAGCUUUACGCGCUUGAAAAAACAGGAGCUGAAAAUCAAGCGAUCAAAGAUAAGAUUGUCGAGCAAUUGAUGCAUGAAAGCUUCAGUAAUAUGGAGAAUAACGGGAGCUCCGUAACUGACGCUGAGGAGAAUGCUGCUAGUCAGUGCGGUAAAUCGAUGGGAAAUAAGAAACAAUGUACUGAGAAAGACAUACAGCCGUUUCUGGGAAAAAGAAAGAAUUGGACGGACAUCACCAAGGAUAUGUUGGCGAAAAGUGAAUUUAAGGAGCUAAAGCCGGAAGUAAAAUGUGUAAUAAUAAAGACGGGCAAUGAGCUAGGCCCGGAACUAAUAGCGCUUGAACUUCUUAGGGAGAUGAAGGCAAUUUUGAACGAAGAAGGUAUACGAAUAUGGCUCAAGCCAUAUCGAAUAUACACGGUGUUCCACAACGCCGGCUUUAUUGAGGUAAUAUCAAGCGCAAGUAGCAUACACGAAAUCAAAAAGAUGAAUGACUCGUUGGUCGGUGGUAAGUCCUUCCUCAGGAAGUUCUACUAUGAAACUUACGGUACUAAUGUGGACAAGGCCAUCAACAACUUCCUUGAGUCUUUAGUAGGGUACUCACUGGUUACAUAUUUUCUUGCAUUGAAAGACCGGCACAAUGGAAAUAUUUUGAUAGACAACGAGGGACACGUGGUGCACGUUGACUUUGGCUUUGUACUAGGUCUUCAUCCUGGAUUUUAUUGCGUAGAAACAGCGCCUUUCAAAAUGUCGAGUGAAUAUAUUCACCUACUUGGAAACAGAAUGGAUGAGUUUAAAAAGUUGUUUGUUGAGGGUUUUAUGGCAAUACGAAAGCACAGCAAGAAACUUGUACAAAUUUUAGAGAUAUGUAUGAACAAUCCAAAGUAUAAAUUUAUGGAUGUAGGUGCCGUGGAAUGCUUUAAGAGCAGAAUGAAGAGCGAAUUGAACACACGAGAGCUGGAAGAAUACGUAGUAGGUCUGGUGGAUUGGUCACUCAAGAGCAUGACCACAGGACUGUACGAUUCGUAUCAAUACUUUUCAAACGGAUAUUUGAAAUAGACAAAAAUAAAUCGAAAUUUUUAUUCGAAGAGAUAUUAAAUGAAAGUGUGUG